CGAGGGGAGGUCUGCGAGGAUCGAGACGAGCCGCCCCCGCUCCGAAACGCAACACAAGACAAGACAAGACAAGACAAACGUUCGCAACACAGCAACCACCACACAAACAAAACAAACACACCCCGAACGAACGACAACGAGAGGGUUUUGCGGGGUCCGAAACCGAGCAAAGCCUUGUAUGGCGGUCCUUUCUCGAUCGCACCGACGACGAAACCAACAAAUUCCCGCUGACUUGCCUUGACACGGCCACGGUUUGAUCCGAUCCGAGCCGAUCCGAUCCGAUCCGCAACAUGCUGCGAGCCGGUGGCACGAUCCUCCGGGCGUCCCUUGUCCCGAAACGCCAAUGGGUUCCCAACACCCCUAGCGGACGACCGGCCCCAGCCACACCCAAGGGCCAAGAGCGCUCCCUCUUCCUCCGGGCACCGAGGCGGAACCCCCACCCCCGAAAGCGCCCGGGAGUUCCGGCGCACCGGGCGGGCCUUCGCUUCCACGGAACCGCUCGGCUCUCGGUGGCCAACCCCCGCCCGAAAGGCGCAAGCGCAAGCGUGCUCUUUGCGUCUUCCAAGAGGGGCUUGGUCCUGGGGGGCUGCUGCCUGGUGGCGACGACGGCGACGGCCCUGUCGGUCGGUGUUGGGUGGGCCCGGGUGCCGGCAACCACGGAGUGCGACGGGGCGGUAGCAGUAGCAGUAGAUGUGGACGAGCGGGACCGCCAGAGCGAGAGAGACCGCCCGGGCCUCCGCGCCGGCACCCAGACCGGUUGGGACGGCGACCUUUGGUCCCGCAUCGCGAGGGCCCUGCGGGUGAUCGCCCGCCUCUUCAAGCUCACAAUGGUCUUCUCGCCGGUCCUGGCCCUCUAUCCGCUGCACUGGAUCACCAGCCGGGGCCGGGGGGUGCUGCGGGGAAGCGGAGACGGCGAGACCGCUUCCGCCGAUGCCCACGAGCUCUCCCUCAAGCACGCGGGGCAGAGCAGCGGCUCUUCCUCGCCGCUCGCCGCCAGCUGGUACUACCGGCUCUGCCUGUUCUGUGUCGAGUGGAGCGGGGCGGCCUGCAUCAAGACCAUGCAGUGGGCCGGGAGCCGGCCCGACAUGUUCGGCAGCGACUUUUGCGCCGUCUUUUCGAGGCUCCAGGACUCGACCCGGCCGCACUCCCGGAACCACACCGAGCGGGCCAUGGCCGAGGCCUUUGGCGAGGAAUGGGGGGAGACCAUGCGGCUCGACUCCCUCCUGGGCAGCGGCUGCAUCGCGCAGGUCUACAAGGGGGUGGUCCUCGUCGACGACCCGGAAAACCCCGGCCAAAAGGUGGAGCGACCGGUGGCCGUCAAGGUCCGGCACCCCGGCGUGGAAAAGGACAUCGACGCCGACCUGGACAUCCUCCGGCUGGUGGUCGGGCUCCUGGACAAGAUCGACCGCGGCCCCGUCAAGAACCUGCGCUGGCUCAACCUCCCGGGAUUCAUCGAGGAGAUGGCCCUCAUGCUCAAGGUCCAGCUGGACCUGCGCAGGGAGGGGGAGCACCUGGUCCGGUUCAACGAGAACUUUGAAGGGAACGAGACGGUCGUCUUUCCCAGGCUGGUAAAGGGCUACGCGCCGACCAAGGGCGUCCUGUGCGAGACCUUCCACGAGGGCCAGCCCCUCAUGGCCUUUGUCGGACAGAACAAGGCCGACCAGAAGCUCCUCACCAAGAUGUGCACCGAGGCCGUCAAGGCGGUCUGCCAGAUGAUCUUCCUGGGUGCGUUCCUGCCUGCGUGUGUGCGUUUGUGCGUUCGUACGAGAAGUGUGGUAGAGCGCCAAUGGGAUAACAAACGCGAAUCGGCCGGUGGACGAUUCGGCGCGAACCCCGAGUUAUGGGUUGUGUUGUUGUUUUGAAAACCAAAAAAACUGCAAGCUUGGCCCUGCCCUCAUCUUUUUGUUCUGCUCGUCGCUUGUCUUUAGAUAAUUUCACCCACGGCGAUCUGCAUCCGGGAAACGUUCUGGUCACCGACGACUACAAAUUUGUGUAAGUGCGUUAUCGAAUUGCCACGCUUUGACAGUGUCAAACCAUCCGGCUCGCCUGUCUCACCAUUUUCGUUUCGGACGGGAUCUUGCCCAACAUGCCAUCCUCUGGCAGGCUCUUGGACGUGGGGAUCACGACGGUCCACUCGGAGAAAGACCACAAGCUGCUCUCCGACGUCCUGGCGGCCUUUAUCCGCAAGCAGGGCCGAAAGGCCGGACGGUACAUGAUCGAAAACAGCAACGCGAGGCUCGAGCGGGCCGGUGACCGGGCAGUCGACGAGGAGCGGUUCUGCGACAAGAUCGAGCAAGUCACGAUCGCCGCCUCCGGGAAGGACUACUUCAUGGAGCACCUCGGGACCUACAUCACCUACAUCUGCAACAGCGCGUCGGCCCACCACGUGAUGCUCAACCAGGCCUUCAUCUCGUCGGCCCUGGCAGUCAAGGUCCAGGAGGGCAUCGCCCUGGCCCUGGACCCCUCCAUCGAGAUCUGGAGGAUCGCCAUUCCGAUCAUCCUGGAGGGGGAGCGCCGCCACGGGCGGGUGGGGGAGCGCGCCCGGGAGAUGCUCGGCAUCCGCGGCGGAAUCGCGGACUGGUUCGCGGGGACCAAACCGGCCGCCGCCUGCUCGGGAGACUGAGCAAGCGCGCGGGUCCACGGGUCGGAAACCAUCGGGAAACGGAGCACACGAGUCCCCGCCGUGGUCCGUCCGUUCCCCCAAACCAGCUACCCGUCUACGAAGAGUUCACGAUUGUGUAUAUAUAUCCUUAGU